AUGGCUCAAGAUCAACUCUUUCUUCAAACCUUUACUCAUUGGAAACAAAUCUAUAUGAAUAGUUAUCCCAAUAUGAAUUUUCUUCGUCAAUGGCAUUUGGAAAAAACUGAAGAUCCAGAAAUCGUCGCUACUAACGAUAGUAGUCAACAGAUUCUCAAACGAUAUUCCGGUGCACAAUUUCACUGUGCUCAUUGUGGGAAUCAAUGGUUCAGUCGAAUUCAUUCGAGUAUUCUGUUCCAAUAUUACGAACACACACGCAUCAUCAAAUGGAAAUUGUUCGGUCAACAAUGUCGUCGAUGUCGACAAGAAUUUGUUGUUCCUACCUACCAACCUGAUUCGAUUACAGAAACAAUACGUUAUUUAAUCGAGAAAUUAGCUUUUAAAACACGUCGAGUUGAUCUACGUCCAAUAGAUCCAGAUCGGCCAACAAUUCUCUAUAAUGGAAAUAGACAUCGAGAAGACGAUUUGACUUGUUUUUGUGAAGCUUGUAAAUUACGAAGACAAUAUUGCGAAAAUUAA